UAGUAGACGUCACGAAAAAUUGUUAACAUAGAUCAAUAUGUUGAUGACGUUAAAAAAUGUGUUUACAAAGAUGAAUGAAAAGAAAAGUGGAAUCUAUUGUUCUCUUACUUGAAGUGCAAAAAUUUACGGCAGUCUCAAUAAUAAAGAAAAAUUAUUAUGCAGCAGUUAUGCAAUAACUUACGAACAAAGAGUAGAGGGCUUGUAUUUUAUGUGCCCAUUGAUUUUGGAUGCCUUCAUUCAAUAUAAUGAUUGAGAGAUACUUGCUUUAAAGUGAUAAAUUUUGUGAUAAAACAGGUGGUCAGGCAGCAAAAUCCAACAGGUGCAGGUGCUCAGUGCGUGACGUCAUCACCAUGGGUCCGCCCUCCUUCAUCACGUGCUUCGUGUGCCAGAAGGGCUUCGGCUCCCACUCGAUACACAUCCACGUGCCGUCGUGUCUCGAAAAAUGGCACGUAGAGAAUGAUAAAAAACGCAAGUCAGAGCGGGCGUCGCCCCCCUCUCCCCCGCCCCACUACCCCGUUCAGCUGCGGCCUGAGCUGCAGCACAGCCUCCCCGCCCCCCGCAGGCCUCGACCAAUCACAGCCAAGCUCGAGAAGCCAAAACAGGUGCAGCUGCCAGCAGGUGCAGCUGUCAGCAGGUGCAGCUGUCAGCAGGUGCAGCUGUCAGCAGGUGCAGCUGUCAGCAGAAGCAGGUGCAUCUGUCAGCAGGUGCAGCUGUCAGCAGGUGCAGCUGUCAGCAGGUGCAGCUGUCAGCAGGUGCAGCUGUCAGCAGGUGCAGCUGCCAGCAGGUGCAGCACCGCAAUCGAUGUCUGCACCUGA